AUGGCAGCCCCUGUUGAGGUCAAACCGGGCCACGGUAGCUGGAUGGGUCUCGACAAGAGGAUCCCCUUCGUCGCUGCCCAGGCGAUUCUUUUUCUUCUUUGCUUCACGACAGCCAAGGGGAGCAGCCUGCAUCCUUCGUGUUUCCGCUUGGAUGUGUGGCUCGGUUCGUGUACUUGGAUAUUCGGGACAAUGGUGCUACUGCAGGCCGUUCAGAUCCAUAGGAACAAUGCUGUCCUACCUACCCGUACCGACGCAGCACUAGCUACGAUACUUAAAUGCCUUACGGGUGUGAUCAGCUGCCUUGGACUCGUUGGCCUCGGAAUGACAACGAGUUCGAACAAAUGCGCGAUUGCGAGUCCCAUUUUUUGGUGGACAUCUUUUACGAUAGCGUGGCUGGUUUUACUUUUUUUGGUUCUACAAGGCUGUGCGUGGCUCUUACGCCGAAACCACGCAACACCAUCCAAAUGUUUCAGAGGAAACACAAUCUACCUCGCCAUGGAGUGGACGGACGAGGAUCUUGAGUACAACUGCGACGGGGACGUCGUUAAGGUGGAAACGCCUCAUGCGCUCCUGUAA